UAAUUUGGUCAGAAUGAGGGUUGGAUAUACCAUUUUCAUUCUCUUUCUUUCUCUUUCUUUGCUUGGAUUUUUAAAUGUUUGCAAUGCACAUAGGUUAAGGUAUAACUUUUAUAAGGAAACUUGUCCGCAAGCUAAUUGGAUAGUAAAACAGAUUAUCACGAAUGAAACUCGAACUAAUCCAGCUUUGGGCGCUCAACUAAUUCGAAUGCAAUUCCAUGAUUGCUUUGUUAGGGGUUGCGAUGGUUCAGUGUUGUUGGAUACAGUUAAUAAUGGUUCCAAGGCUGAAAAAGAUGCGAUUCCGAAUCGAUCUUUGAAGGGUUUCGAUGUGAUCGAUGAUAUCAAGAAUGCUAUUGAAAAGGUUUGCCCUAAUGUUGUUUCUUGUGCUGAUAUCCUUGCAUUGGCAGCUCGUGAUGCUGUUUCUGCACCGUUUAAGAGACGGUUAUGGAACGUAGCCCUUGGAAGAAGAGAUGGGAGAAUUUCACUUGCAAGUGAGACCAAUGGAAACAUCCCUUCACCUUUUGCAGAUUUCACCUCUUUGCUUGAAACUUUUAACAACAAAACCCUUGAUGUUAAUGAUCUUGUAGUUCUUUCAGGCGCUCACACCAUUGGAGUUGCUCACUGUGGAACAUUCUCAAGAAGACUCUACAAUUUCACCGGCAAAGGUGACGCCGAUCCAACCUUAGAUCCGACAUACGCCGACAUCUUGAGGAAACAAUGCCCGAGCCCGGCAAAUCCGAACACGAUAGUGGAAAUGGAUCCUGGGAGUUCACGAUCAUUCGACAAACAUUACUAUCAUAUCUUACGCCAAAACAAAGGAUUGUUCAUAUCAGAUGCGGCACUUCUCACAAAUAAGGAAUCGGAAUCGAUUGUGAUUCGGUUACAAAGAUCAAGAGGCUUGUUUUUCGCUGCAUUUGCGAGGUCCAUGAGGAAAAUGGCCGCCAUUGAUGUUCUUACUGGAAAGGAUGGAGAAAUCAGGCGAAAUUGUCGUGUUGUUAAUCCCUGAAGCAUUUCCAAGAUUUAGGGUUUGGGAUUCGCAGGAAUACAUACAUGAAAAAGAAGGUUCUAUAAAAUAUAUAUGGAGAAAGGUGAAUAAAUUUGAAGAAUUUAGUUUUUUUUUUUUUUAAAUUUUAAAGGAAAAUAAGGUAAAUUUACCAUAGAAGUCCAUGCAUUAUAUCCUCGUUUAAUUCUUUGACUUGAAAAACAGAAAAUUAAUUUUCCUACAUUAAACAAAAGGAGUAAAAUAGCAUUUGCGUUAAAAUUGUAUCGUUAAAAACUUAUUUUGAUGUUUUAAUAU